UCCUUCGUUCCUCUGACCGGCGUCUUGAUUAGCACGAGUGACAGCGCCGGAAAUGAUGCCGAUGAUAUUGACUGUGUUCCUGAGCAAUAAUGAACAAAUUUUGACUGAAGUACCAAUUACUCCUGAAACAACCUGUCGAGAUGUGGUGGAAUUUUGCAAAGAACCUGGUGAAGGUAGCUGCCAUCUUUCUGAAGUGUGGCGUGGAAAUGAACGACACAUACCCUUUGAUCAUAUGAUGUAUGACCAUCUACAAAAAUGGGGACCUCGUAGAGAGGAAGUGAAAUUUUUUCUCCGACAUGAAGAAUCGCCAAUAGAAAGCAGUGAACAGGGACGUCAGACUCAAAAUCAUAGAAAUGGAAUCUCUAUACCUGUGGAGAAACGUACAGAAAAUGGGGUUGGAAAUCCACGUGUUGAACUCACACUGUCAGAACUUCAGGAUAUGGCUGCUAGGCAGCAACAGCAAAUUGAAAAUCAGCAGCAAAUGUUGGUUGCCAAGGAACAACGUUUGCGUUAUCUCAAGCAACAGGAACGCCGUCAGCAACAGUCUGUGUCUGAGAGUGAAAAGCUUCAGAAACUUAAAGAACGAGUAGAGACCCAAGAAACCAAGCUGAAAAAAAUCCGUGCCAUGAGGGGGCAGGUGGACUACAGCAAAAUUAUGAAUGGCAAUUUGUCUACUGAAAUUGAACAUAUCAGCACCAUGUUCCAGGAGAAGCAACAAGAAUUACAAGCUGCAGUAUUAAAAGUGGACCAGCUUACUCAACAAUUAGAAGACCUAAGAAAAGGGAAAUUGAAUGGGUUCCAGUCUUACAAUGGACAGAUGACAGGACCUGCAGCUAUAGAAUUAAAAAAAUUAUAUCAAGAGCUACAGAUUCGCAACAGGCUUAAUCAAGAACAGAAUACUAAACUUCAGCAACAGAAAGAACUUUUGAACAAACGUAACAUGGAAGUGGCUAUGAUGGACAAACGAAUCAAUGAGCUACGCGAGCGCCUGUACAAGAAAAAAGUUGAGGCACGUCAAAAAGAAAACAUCCCUUUAAAUCGAAUAAAUGGAACAUCCUCCCCACAGUCGUCAUUGAAUGCUUCAGGCAGAGUUGCAGCAGUUGGGCCAUACAUUCAGGUUCCUAGCUCCAACAACUAUGCUGUACCACUUGACCCAGUAAAACCACAGUCCCUCACAAUUACUACUAGCACAACUCAUGGAAGGUCCAAAUCUGCUAAUGAUGGAACGUGGCCUGCACUUAAACAAACUGCUGUGGUAAAACCACCACAACUCUCUAAUACAGACUGGAAGGAAUCAAACAUGGAUGCAAGUUUAAAACAAGGAACUAUAUCCAGUCAACCUUUGUCAUCUUCAGGAUUAGGAAGUACUGAUAAACUGAGUCUUGAUGUGGGCAAAAUGCCACCAACUAUUCCUGGUGUAAAUAAACAAUUGCCUCAAAACUAUGGGACCUAUCCAAGCUCUGUUCCUUCAGGACCAGGUUCCACUAAUUCCUUGGAAAGACGAAAAGAUGGCAGCCUGCCAAGGCCUAGUUCUACAGCAGUGAACCGGCAAAGACCUAUUCCUUUACCACCCACAAGUGGCAUUCACCAACCAGGUUCUUCACAGCAGAUACAGCAGAGGAUAUCUGUGCCUCCAAGUCCAACAUACCAACCUUCUAAUGCACCAUUAUUUCCAGGCGGUGAUAGCAGGCCUGAUCUCCCUUUAACAGUGGCCAUUAGGCCUUUCUUAGCUGAAAAAGGUUCAAGACCCCAGUCUCCUAGGAAAGGGCCUCAAACUGUGAAUUCAAGUUCCAUAUAUUCAGUCUAUCUGCAGCAAGCAACUCCACCAAAGAACUAUCAACAAGCUGUGUAUAGUACGCUAAAUAAGUCAGUUAAAGCAGUCUAUGGGAAACCUGUUGUACAGUCUGGCUCAACAUCUCCUUCACCACUUCCCUUCCUUCAAGGAUCUUUGCCUGCCAGUACAUCACAGUCUCAAGCACCAAAUGAUAUGAGUGAAAAAGACCAAGAGCAGGAAGUCACUCCAUCCUCUGGUGAUAACAGUAAUGUAGAAAACAUUCCUCGUCCUCUCAGUCCAACAAAGCUCACUCCUAUUGUUCAUUCACCCCUUCGUUACCAAAGUGAUGCUGAUCUUGAAGCUCUUCGCAGGAAACUUGCCAAUGCUCCCAGGCCUUUGAAGAAGCGAAGUUCUAUCACAGAGCCAGAGGGCCCCAGUGGACCAAAUAUUCAAAAACUCUUAUACCAGCGCUUUAAUACCUUGGCGGGAGGAAUAGAAAGUGCCCCUUUUUAUGAGCCAAGUAACUCACAAGAUUUCAUCGGUACCUUGGCAGAUGUUGACAAUGGAAAUAUGAACACUAAUGGCAAUAUUGAGGAUCCAGUUUCAGUACCUUCUACAGUUCCUCUUUCUGAUGAGCCUUCAUCAGAUGCUAACGAUAAUGAACUACCUUCUCCUGCAACUGAGGAGUUGAUCAGUGUAGAAACUAUAAAUCAAAUUCCUGAGACAACUGAGGAUGAUAACAACAACAACCCUGCUGUGGCUCCUCCUGUUGAGCGGCCUCCUAGUCCAAUACCCAUGGGCAGAUCCCCAGAUGAUGAAGAAGUGCAGGUGCUACCUGUUCUUCCUCCUGCACCUCUGCUUCCUGUGACGAAAAGGACCAACCUGAAGAAACCAGACUCAGAGAGAACUGGUCAUGCCUUGCGGGUAAAGUUCAAUCCCUUGGCCCUGCUAUUGGAUGCCUCACUAGAGGGAGAAUUUGAUCUAGUGCAAAGGAUCAUAUAUGAGGUGGAUGAUCCCAGCAAACCUAAUGAUGAAGGAAUCACCCCCCUGCACAAUGCAGUUUGUGCUGGCCAUCACCACAUAGUUAAAUUUUUGUUGGAUUUUGGGGUCAACGUUAAUGCAGCAGACAGUGAUGGAUGGACUCCUUUGCAUUGUGCUGCCAGUUGCAACAGUGUUCAUCUCUGUAAAUUACUUGUUGAAUCUGGAGCAGCAAUUUUUGCUUCAACUAUAAGUGAUAUAGAAACUGCAGCAGAUAAAUGUGAGGAGAUGGAAGAAGGAUAUAUUCAGUGUUCCCAGUUCCUAUAUGGUGUACAGGAGAAGUUAGGAGUCAUGAACAAAGGCAUAGUUUAUGCCCUGUGGGAUUAUGAAGCUCAGAACAACGAUGAGUUGUCAUUUCAUGAAGGAGAUGCACUUACAAUUUUGCGACGCAAAGAUGACAAUGAGACAGACUGGUGGUGGGCUCGGCUCAAUGAGAAGGAAGGCUAUGUGCCUAAAAAUCUCUUGGGGUUAUACCCAAGGAUAAAACCAAGACAGCGAACACUUGCCUGAAUCACUUGAUUUGUCAAUAUUUUUUCCUGGGAACUGAAAGAUGGAAAGUAUACACUGGAGACAUUUGCAAUUACAUUUCACCACAAAUUAAAGCUAUUCUUGUUUUAAAUGGUGCUCUUGUUUAAUAUGAUAGACAGCAUUUGAGAUUUUCGAUCUGCAGUUUGUAAGUGAGGUCUGCUCCAUAUUAAUAUGCCAAUCAUUGAGAGAGGUACUCAAACGGUCUACAGUAUUUUUUGCCAAUUGAAUUAAAAGUGCUAGAUGUUAAAACCUUUGUAAAAUGCAGAUAUGCUGUCUACUCUGUCAUAGUUCACUGUAGCUGCCCUGUUAUGUCAAGAACAUUACAAUUAAAAUAUUCAAUUGAAUGUUGAUUUUAAUGUGUAAAUCCUUAAAGAUCUUGUAAGAGUUGACAAGUUGAGAGUAAUGAACAAUCUUCUGAUAUAAAAGGUGUUUCUGACACAACAGAGAAGCAUUUAUGCUGAAUAGAUUUUGCACACUUCUAAAAACUGCACUUGUUCCUUCACUUGAUGUUUCUGCUUGAUAUUCUGCUUACAGUACAAAUUUAUCUUCACAAUAUUCUAUUACCAUUCCUCAAACACAUCCUGACUUCUAUUUCCUUGACAAUCCUGAUUUAAGGAACUUGUAUGUCUUAUGAAAGAAAAGUGCAAUAGUUGGAAAUGGUAAGAGGUAGGUUAUAAAAGCUAGAUGAUUUACUUUAAGGACAUUUAAAUUUUAUUUGUGAAAGUAGGAAGGUGAUUAAAAGGUUGAAUAAAAAGAUAUGUUGGUUCAAUAGACUGAGGCUGAGAAAGGAGAGAUGGUAUACUUUUUGGACUGAAAUAGUAUCUGUGAUUCUAGUGACCCUGCUUACCAGGGUGAGAUAUGCAAUAAACCCAGUAUCUACUUUCAAGCGAAGAAGCACUUCACUGGAAUACUAAUUGUACAUGGUUUUAUAUACAGAAGUCUAUUUUGAACUUCCCAUUAUGUUGUAACCAUGCUUGUUUUUUUGCCAGUAAAUUCUAGACCAAUUGGCUUUAUUCAUUAUACAUUGUGCAUAAUUUAUAACCAUUCAUGCAGUGCUGUGACUUGCUUUUAUUAUUGUUUAGCAUCAAUUGUAUAUAUUGUGUGAUGAGAAGUGAAAGGGUAUUGUAAAAGAAUAUUUGCUAAAUGAAAUUAAAAGUUAAAAGCCUGCAAUACACUGCUAAUCCAGUGUGCACAAUAAACUACUACUAAGAUAUUGUUGACA